AUGACAUAUGAUACAGAGGAGCACAUUCCGCAGCAGACGAGGUUGACGGCCACAGGCCCGAUCGAGUGCGAUGUGUCCGGGUUCAACUUGUUGAACUCUUCGCUUUUCAACAAAGGGUCGGCGUUCACAUUGGAAGAAAGAGCAGCAUUUGACCUCACGGGGCUUCUCCCACCGGUUGUGAACACGUUGAAGGAGCAGGCAGAGAGAGCUUACAAGCAGCUCCAUUUCUUCAAGACGGGACUGGCCAAGAGUGACUUCUGCACGUCGAUGCGUGUGCAGAACAAGGUGUUGUACUACAAGUUGGUGCGGGACCACAUCAAAGAGCUUCUCCCCAUUGUGUACACGCCGACGGAGGGCGAUGCGAUCAUCGCGUACUCGUCGCGGUUCCGGAAACCCGAGGGCUGCUUUUUGGAUAUCAACGACCCGGACGGAAUCCAGGAUCGGUUGCAUCCAUUCGGCAAGGAUAAGGACAUCGACUACAUAGUGAUCUCGGACAGUGAGGGCAUCCUCGGGAUCGGGGACCAGGGAGUGGGCGGAGUGAGGAUCUGUGUGGCCAAGGCCUCAUUGAUGACCCUUUGUGGUGGGUUGCACCCGGGAAGAGUGCUCUCGGCAGUGUUGGACGUGGGCACAAACAACAAGAAGCUUCUGAAAGACGAGUUGUACAUGGGCAACCGGUUUCCCAGGGUGCGUGGCGAAGCGUACGAUGCGUUUGUGGAGAAAGUGAUGACCACUCUGCACAACAUGUAUCCUCACGCGGUGAUUCACUUUGAGGACUUUGGUGUGACCACUGCCCGCCCCGUUUUGGAGAGGUACAAGAAGAGAUACGCGUGCUUCAACGACGACAUCCAGGGUACAGGUGCCGUGGCCAUGGCGUCGAUGACUGCAGCUUUGCAAGUCACAAACCGGAAACUCGCAGAUGUCCAAGUUGUGAUCUUCGGGGCCGGUUCCGCGGGACUCGGGAUCGCCGACCAGAUCGUCAACCACAUGGUUUCGCACGGAGCAGACCGGGACGAGGCCCGGACCCACAUCCACUGCGUGGAUCGCCACGGGCUCAUUCUCGACGACAUGGGCCCGGUUUCCUCCGAUGCCCAGAUGCUCUACGCGGACCGGGCCGCCGACUGGCACGGCGUCGACGCGACGAACUUGGUCGAAAUCGUCGCCAAAAUCCACCCAACCGUUUUGAUUGGCUGCUCCACCCAGGCCGGUGCCUUCACCGAGAAUGUCAUAAAGACCAUGUACAAGUACAACCGCCGGCCAAUCAUAUUCCCGCUUUCCAACCCCACCAGGCUCUGCGAGGUCCACCCUAAGGAUGCCCUCGAGUGGACCGACUACAAUGCACUAAUUGCCACUGGGUCGCCUUUCCCACCGGUCAAUGGUCACGUGAUAUCAGAGAACAACAACUGCGUCGCCUUUCCAGGAAUCGGCUUGGGUGCCGUCUUGGCCCGUGUCAGGAGUAUUUCCGACAAGAUGAUCUCUGCUGCAGUUGACGAGUUGGCUGCUCUUUCUCCGGCAGUCCGCGAUCACAUGGGAGGCUUGCUUCCGGACUUGGAGACGAUCGACGAGACGUCUGCAAGGAUCGCCACUGCUGUCAUCAUCCAGGCUUUGAAGGAGGGACUAGUGACCGUUGAAAAAGAGGAUUCUCCUAGCGGCGGAAAGGUCCGGGUGCCUCGUGACUUCAACAAGUGUCUUGCCUGGGUCAAGUCCCAGAUGUGGAGGCCCCAGUACCGGCCUUUGGUCAAGGUCGAGCAUGUUAAUGCCAUCCACACUCACCAGUACUGA